GUCGGUAGGGGACAGUGUGGAACGGUGCUUGUGUUAAACGACACCGAUUGCGUCAUCAAGAUACCUAAUUCUCCUUCCAAAGAAGAUGAGCUUUUUACCGAUUAUCAGAUUCACUACUCAGUAUACAGCGCUCUGGCCCCUCUCACCUCCUUAAACAUCUCUGUCCCUCGGCCUGAAGCAUGGAUCAUGCGCGAGAAUACAACCUGGUUUUCAACCGAUUCUUGCUUCCUUAAAGGGAUUCCGUCUCUUCCAAACUACGGCCUCAUUUCGAAGCGCACCUUGUCCGUACCUCUCUGCUUCCGCGAAGACAUUGUGGACUUAUUAUGCCCCGAAGCAAUCAAAACCAUCAAAACCAAAUUUCUCGCGAGACAUGAAAAUAAGGAUUGCCUGGUUAGAAUCUAUCUAGGUCGCCGCAGUUGCACGUCGCAGAGGGAAGCCGGCAACAUUCGGCUUCGUAACUUUCCACUUCAUGUCAACGAGAUGAAAGGACUCCAGUUACGUCCAGAAUCCUACGCUGUUACCUUGGCACAGACUUUAGCCUUACUCCACUGGAAAGUCGGCAUCGACGCAAACGAUGUAGAAUUUGUUCUUGGAGGCGGUCAUAUAAUCAGUAGUAGUUAUCCAAGCGAACAGGAAGUUCGUGCAGCUACAAAGCAUACAGCAGGAAGGCUACAUGUGCCCAAUCUCAGAAAUCAACAGACAUCAAUGUGGCUGCUGGACUUUAAUCAGUGCCAGCGUUUCGAGUACUAUGCGGAUGGUGAGGCAAGAUGUAAGGAGGUAAUAAAGAAAUUAGUCGAGGGCUUCUGGUUCAAUGAUCCCUACUACCCGCGCCCCAAUGCCACCGACGAGGAAGACAAGAAACUUUGGCAUGUCUUUGCAGAGCAUUAUCUCAAAAUGAGUGCGGAGCUUGUU